CGAGAGAAACGCUUGACCGCGAGCUCGCAGAUGAGCGGCGGGACAUCUCACACGUAGUAGUCUAGGCUACAUGACAGGAUAUAUCAAACCGCCUGAUCAAAGUGGAAAUUUGGGCCAAGAGUGCAAUGUUUCAGACUUUCGAUGUAACGAUGACAAUCUGCGUCGCUGAAAUCCAACCGGAGAGGGGCAGAAAGACUGUUUGACUAUGUCAAGCUUGCCUUUAGCGUUGGCUGUGUUUUCAACCUGAUCGACCAAUGCUGUUAGAGCGUUUAUUUGGCACCGCACUUUAAUUUAGCUUAGCUUAAACUUUGACUCAUCAAGAGGCUGUGGUUUCAUCUCAUUUGGAAGCCCCAGAGACGAAAGAAUGGCGACUCAAAACGACUGCUGCGUUAAGGUCUCUUUAAGGAUCCGGCCUCAGAUGGCGAAGGAGAAGAUUGAGGGGUGUCACAUCUGCACGUUGGUGACCCCUGGUGAGCCCCAGGUGCUUCUGGGUAAAGACAAGGCCUUCACGUACGACUUUGUGUUCGACAUCGACGCCCAGCAGGAGUCCAUCUACAGGGCAUGCGUCCACAAACUCAUCGAGGGAUGCUUCGAGGGCUACAACGCCACAGUGUUCGCCUACGGACAGACGGGCUCAGGGAAGACGUACACGAUGGGCACGGGCUUUGACAUGAAUGUGAGUGCGGAGGAGCAGGGCAUCAUCCCACGCGCCGUGCACCAGCUGUUCCAGGGCAUCCAGCAGCGGCGUGACGACGCCCAGGCGGCAGGGACGCAGGCCCCAGAGUUUAAAGUCAGCGCCCAGUUCCUGGAGCUGUAUAACGAGGAGAUCCUGGACCUGUUCGACAGCUCGCGUGAUCCUGAGUCCCGUGGCAGGAAGUCCAACAUCAAGAUCCACGAAGACAGCAGCGGUAGCAUCUACACCACCGGUGUCACGUCACGCCUCGUUGCUUCCGAGGAGGAGCUGCUGCAGUGUCUGAAGCUGGGCGCUCUGUCCCGCACCACAGCCAGCACGCAGAUGAACGCCCAGAGCUCACGCUCCCACGCCAUCUUCACCAUCUACCUGUGCCAGAUGAGGGUCUGCUCACACUUGAUGAACGGCUCUGCGGACGCCCAGAUGAACGGCGUCUCGGACGGUCCCAUCUCCCAGCCGGAGUACGAGACGCUCACCGCUAAGUUCCACUUUGUGGACCUGGCAGGUUCUGAGCGUCUGAAGCGCACCGGCGCCACAGGAGAGCGGGCACGAGAGGGCAUCUCCAUCAACUGCGGCCUGCUGGCCCUGGGUAAUGUGAUCAGCGCUUUGGGAGACCAGACUAAGAAAGGUGGACACGUGCCUUACAGAGACUCCAAACUGACCCGCCUGCUGCAGGACUCACUGGGGGGCAACAGCCGUACGGUGAUGAUCGCGUGUGUGAGCCCGUCGGACCGAGACUUCAUGGAGACGCUGAACACACUGAAGUACGCCAACCGGGCGCGCAACAUCAAGAACAAGGUGGUGGUCAACCAGGACAAGACCAGCCAGCAGAUCAGCGCUCUCCGGGCCGAGAUCGCCCGACUGCAGAUGGAGAUCAUGGAGUAUAAAGCGGGGAAGCGUGUUGCGGGCGAGGACGGUUCCGAAGGCUUCAGUGACCUGUUCCAGGAGAACUCGAUGCUGCAGCGUGAGAACGACACUCUGCGCAUGCGGAUCAAGGCCAUGCAGGAGACCAUCGACCACCUCAACACACGCGUCACCCAGCUGCUCAGCAACGAGGUCAACCUGCUGCUCACUAAGACAGGUGAGGGCAAUGAGGAGAUCGGGGCUCUGAUCCAGAACUACAUCAGAGAGAUCGAGGAGCUCAGGUCUAAGCUGUUGGAAAGCGAGGCGAUGAAUGAGUCGUUGCGUCGCAAUGUCUCUCGUCUGUCCGCACGCUCCCCUUACUCCGCCUCCCACGCCCCGUCCCCUGGACACCCCAUGGGCUCCUCCCCCUCCGUCUCCAUGGAAGCGGAGAUGACGGACGUGCUCCGCCGGGCGAAGCUGGACAUCGAGCGCCUAAAGAAGAAGGAGCGGAAUCAGAGCCGAAAAAGCCCAGACAAAGACAAGGGGCUGAAGAAAAGAGCGAAGCUUCUGGACCAGGAGAAUGGAGGGAACCGAGAGAACGGAACCAACCGAGAAAACGGUCUGCUCAUGGGAGGAGACUCCGAUGAGAACAACAUAGAGGAGGAUGGCAUGUACCCUCUGCAGGAGGAGGACCAGGAGGAGAGCGGCUGUGACGAGGAUGAGGAAGAUGACGAAGACGAGGCCAGGGAGGAAGAGGAGGAGUUUGACAGCGACGAGAGCCUGGUGGACUCGGAGUCCGACUCUGACGAGAAAGUGAGUUUCCAGGCGGACCUUGCGGACCUGACAUGUGAGAUUGAGAUCAAGCAGAAGCUGAUCGACGAGCUGGAGAACAGUCAGCGGCGCCUGCUCAUGCUCAAGCUGCAGUACGAGGAGAAGCUCAUCCUGCUGCAGAACAAGAUCCGCGACACUCAGCUGGAGCGGGACCGCGUCCUCCAGAACCUCAUGUCCAUGGAGAACUACACAGAGGAGAAGGCGAGCCGUAUCCGUGCGGACUACGAGAAGCGUCUGAAGGAGAUGAACCGCGACCUGCUAAAGCUGCAGACGGCGCAGAAGGAGCACGCGCGGCUACUCAAGAACCAGAGCCGCUAUGAGAGGGAGCUCAAGAAGCUCCAGGCCGAGGUGGCCGACAUGAAGAAGGCCAAGGUGGCGCUGAUGAAGCAGAUGAAGGAGGAGCAGGCGAGGAGGCGUAUGGUGGAGGCCAAGAGGAACAGGGAGAUCGCCCAGCUCAAGAAGGAGCAGCGCAGGCAGGAGUAUCAGAUCCGUGCUCUAGAAUCCCAGAAGCGGCAGCAGGAGAUGGUGCUGCGCCGUAAGACCCAGGAGGUGACAGCACUGCGGAGGCUGGCCAAGCCCAUGUCGGAACGCGUGGCCGGCAGGUUACCACGGCGGCCACAUAGCGCAGACUCUGGGGCCGAGCUCUCGGCCAGCACAGCCACCUCGUCUGAACCCGAGUCCACGCGGUCCGUUUCCAGCAUCGUGCGCCAGUGGAACAGCAAAGUCAACGGAUACCUUGGGGAGACCGUCAGUGGGGGUCGCCCAGUCAGCAGCCGUAAGAAGUUCCAGCGGAAGGGAGUGAGCACCCCCUUCUCCAAGUCGGCGCGGCAGAAGUGGCAGACGCUGGAGAGGAGGGUGACUGACAUCGUCAUGCAGAGGAUGACCAUCAGCAACGUAGAGGCCGACAUGGACCGUCUCAUCAAGAAACGCGAGGAGCUGUCCGUGCAGCAGGAGGCGCUGUUGCGUAAGCGUGAGAUGCUGCUGAGUGACCGGGCUCCAGGGCAGGAGGUGGAGGCGGAGCGGACUGUGCAGGAGAUGAACGAGGAGAUCGAGGUGUUCAAUGCCAACAUCGACUACAUCAACGACAGCCUCUCCGACUGCCAGGCCACCAUCGUGCAGAUCGAGGAGACCAAGGAUGAGCUGGACUCAGUGGACACGUCGGUGGUCAUCAGCUCGUGCUCGCUAGCUGAGGCACGGCAUCUCCUGGACCAUUUCCUCAAGGCCUCCAUAGACAAGGGGCUGCAGGUGGCCCAGAAGGAGGCUCAGAUCAGACUGCUGGAAGGUCAGCUGAGACAGACGGACGUGAUUGGCUCCUCACACAAUCACAUGAUCCUGGAGGCGCUGAGGGAGAAGGGCGAGUGCAUCCCUGAACUGCACGUGCUCAUACACAACGCACAGCUGGAGAAUGGCUACGCCAGUACUGAUGAAGAGGCCUCUGAGUUCAGCCAGGCAUCAGAGGGCAGUCUCUCUCUGAUGAAGAGCUCAGCCAGUCAAGAUGACUUCAAACUAAAGGUGGAGUCCAGUCUGUGUGCGCAGAUAAAGGCGGUGUCCGCGGAGUACCUGGGCCCCCUGCUGGACCCCAGCACUAAGAACAUCACCAAGUCGCUGGCCUCCCUCACGGACAUCCAGGAGAACGGGCUGGCCUUCUCCACCCGGGAGACCCUGUCCAGGGAGCGCGUGUCCCGCACCAUCAGCCUCCCCGUCCGUGGACACACCUUUCCUAGACAGUCCAGAGGCGCAGACACAUCUCCUUUGACCCGGAGGAAGUCUUAUGAUCGAGGAUCACCCUAUAGGCCUGCUGAGGUGGGCUACACGCCACCCUCCUCCCCCCCACUCCGCACGCGCAACGACCGCAACGUCUUCUCCAGACUGACCAGCAACCAGAGCCAGGGAUCAGCGCUGGACAAGUCGGAUGACAGCGACUCCUCUCUCUCGGAGGUGCUCAGGGGUGUGAUCAGUCCCACGGGGGGGCUGAAGGGGGGGCGUACGGCACCCCUGCAGUGUGUGGCGGUGGCCGAGGGUCACUCCAAACCUGUGCUCUGCCUGGACGCUACCGACGAGCUGCUCUUUACCGGCUCCAAGGACCGCACGUGUAAGAUGUGGAACCUGGUGACUGGGCAGGAGAUCGUGACGUUGCGGGGUCACCCCAAUAACGUGGUGUCGGUCAAGUACUGCCCCAGCUCUGGACUUGUGUUCAGUGUGUCCACCUCCUACAUCAAGGUCUGGGACAUCAGGGACUCGGCCAAGUGUGUGCGCACACUCACGUCGUCUGGUCAGGUGGUGUCUGGAGACGCGUGUGCGGGCACUACCACGCGCACCAUCACCACGGCGCAGGGCGAGUACCAGAUUAACCAGAUCAACCUCAACCCUGCAGGCACUGUGCUCUACGCAGCCACAGGAAACACCGUCCGGACCUGGGACCUCAACAGGUUCCAGGCCACAGGGAAGCUAACCGGCCACAUCGGCUCUGUGAUGUGUCUGACUGUGGGCCACUCCGCCAGAGGGAAGGACCAGGUCAUCACCGGCUCUAAGGACCAUUAUGUGAAGGUGUUUGACGUUGCUGAGGGCACACAGGGUAACAUAGGCCCUGCCCACAACUUUGAGCCGCCGCACUACGACGGCAUCGAGUGCCUGGCCAUCUACGGCGACGUGCUCUUCAGUGGUUCCCGUGACAACGGCAUCAAGAAGUGGGACCUGGAACAGCAGGAACUGAUCCAGCAAAUCCCCAACGCCCACAAGGACUGGGUGUGUGCCCUGGCUUACGUGCCCGGGAGGCCCAUGCUGCUGAGCGGGUGCCGGGGCGGCAUGCUGAAGGUGUGGAACGUCGACAACUUCACCCCCAUCGGCGAGAUCAAAGGUCACGACAGCCCCAUCAACGCCAUCUGCACCAACUCCAAACAAAUCUUCACCGCCUCCAGUGACUGCCGGGUGAAGCUGUGGAGCUACGUGCCGGGGCUGACCCCCUGUCUCCCGCGUAGAGUUCUGGCCAUCAAGGGCCGAGCCACCAGCCUCCCCUGAGCUCCUCUUCCUCCGCCUCCUCCUCCUGCUGCUGUGACAUGUGCGUGAAGAUCUGGUCAGCAAAGAGGUGAUACACCACAUGCUUUGAUGAUCUCCGUGACGACUGCUAAUUUGAUGGCUCCUGCCGAAGGGUGCUGACAUCAUGUCCUCGUCCCUCUCCCUCUCUCCCUGCCCGUCAGAUGGCGGGUGGGGGUCAGGGCAGCGGGAUCAGAGGACCAGUGGUUUCACAGCGCUGGAGGAUGAGGCCAAUGGACUGACCGAUGUGUUCAAACAGAAAGGGGAAAACACAGCUCUGAAGAUUCUCCAUUAAAGAUGAAGACACUCUCACACACACACACACACACACACACACACACACACUGUCUUUCUCUCACUUUCAUUCGUAUGUGCCGAAAUAACAUUCAUUAUUACUGAAAAAUCAUUACUGCCAUCCUCAUACAUACAGUAGUUCUUCUAACAUUUGGGACAAAUCUGGACAUUCAACUGGACACACACACACACACACACGCAAGAAGUGCUGUCUUUGUGUGGAUUUAAGUGCCACACACACACACACACACACACACACACACAAGGUGCACUCUCUUUUUCGAGGAUUUAAGUGCCAUUCUGGUACUGUGUGUGUGUGUUAACUUUGACUGCAAACACUUUCCUCCUCACACAUAAAGUAGAAAUCAAUCAAAUGGACACACACACACAAACACACAUACACACACAGGAAGCACUCUUGUGCUUUUCCGUGAGGUUGAAAGAGACAUCUGUUGACGCAUCUGCUGGCUGUGUGUGUAUUCAUUAGGAGGACUCAGCCUGCAGCCAACAUGUGCUGUCGGUGCCACAGGGCCGACUCACUCUCCACUCCUCACCUGGCCUUCAUAGAGGAAGAUGGAGCCCCGUAGAGUACUCAACCACAAACAUGACACAGCAGUUUGGCCUUUAUAGAGGAAGAUGGAGCCCCGUGGAGUGCUAAACCACAAACAUGACACAGCAGUUUGGCCUUCAUAGAGGAAUAUGGAACCCCAUAGAGUGCUCAACCACAAACAUGACACAGCAGUUUUUUUUUUUGUUUUUUUUAAAGGUGGAUCUGUCUGUCCACCAUUGUCCUUCUCACUGGGGUCUGCCCUGUGACCUCGUGAGCCAACCUGUGGCCACCUUAACGUUUGACCUGAGCCUCUCAGUGCACAUUGGUGUGGUGUGCUGACGGACAUCCUAGUCUUAGAUGUAGCGUCUCCCUUCCUGUUCAUUCCCAGUCUUAGAUGUAGUGUGCGUGUGCGUGCGUGUGUGUGUGCGUGUGUGUGUCUCUAUUCCUGGUCAUUCACUGCCCAUCUUCUGUUCUCUACCUCAGCUGGCUCUAAGUAGCCGUUAGAUUAUUUAUUUGGUUUGGAGAGGUAGGUUUGGAGGAGGUGUGUGUAUGUGUGUGUGUGUGUUGUAUUAGUGCUAAGUAGUAGUUGUCGUACACAUCUCCGUUCUCAGUAUUUUUUACACUCAGUCUGUUCAGCAAGUCCUGUGUUCUCUGCUGUUCUCUGCAGAGCUGUUCUCUGCUGGCCCGUGUCUGUCUACAAUAGGGGUGGGAGAGAUUCAUACUUACCAUAUGAUAUUCAAUUAGGUGUGUGUGUGUGUGUGUGUUAAACGGAGGUGGUGUUGCCUGCCGUUUAAGCAGCGGUUGGACUUUUCCCUGGGCGGCAGACCCAGCAGUGAGGUCAGAGUACCAGAUCAUUACUAGCCCACCACUGCAGGAGACUACUUAACGCUGUGUGUGUGUGUGUGUGUGUGUGUGUGUGUGUGUAUGUGUUGCCUGGCUGGUUGGUUGUUCCUACUAGUAGGAGAACAGCAGGAAUAAGCAGGUUGACCCAGGUGCUUCUCCUCUAGUGGAAAAUCCAAGCACAUAGCUCAUUACACACACACACACACACACACAAAAGGGUCUAUGUUUUCACUGGAAAUGUGUGUAUGUAAGUUUUCUUGCCUCUGUGUGUGUGUGUGCAUGUGUGUGUGUGCGUGUGCAUCUACCACACCCGCUGUUGCUGCUUGUUUUUGUAAAAGACUUUGAUGAUAAGCAGGGGCGUAGUGUGCUCACAACUAGGUCAGAGCUGUGUGUGUGUGUGUGUGUGUGUGUGUGUGUGUGUGUUUCCCCCACACACUGCUGAGUCUUCUUGGCUGAUUAAAUGAAGCGCAGCACAGCGCGUCUGCGGCUCGUCCUCUUCCACAGGAAGUGUCUUGCCUGACAGGCCUGCGUGGGCGAGCAGCAGCACAACCAGGAGGAUUGUGGGUAUUUUUAGGACCUCCAUCUCUCCGCACCACAGCAGACAUUCCACCAUUCCCUACACACACACACACACACACAGGGCUCUAGUGUGUGAUUAAUGAAACAUAUUUACCACUCUAAUCGGCCAAUCCUGUCCCAGCACCCUUGGCGGCUCAUUAUCCUCUCUGCCCCCUCAGCAUCAGCACCGCCACACACACACCACACAGGCCGGGGCAGCGCGGGCCAGAAAAGGCCCACAUCAGGCCCAGAUCAGAGCCGGUUCUGUGCCAGAUUAGUGCCAUCAGAAUAGAGCUGACCUUGAUUAGAGCCGGUUCUAUGCCAGAUCUGUCCUGUAGUCAGCCACUGUGUCAGAUAUUGACCGCAGGGUGAAGUGAAGUGUUGACCUCAUUAAACUGUAGCCUAUGGGAAAGGCCAGCAGAGGCAUGUUGUUGACCGUGUAUUGGUCCCCUUGUGAAAAUUAAAAUAAGAACUUAUCUUCCGUCCCUCUCUUUCCCCCCCCUCCCUGCCUCCCUCUCUCUCCCCCUUUAUCUCUCUCUCCCUUCCUCCCCCUCU